CAUUAAAUUGAUAUUAAAAGCAUAUCAUAUAUUUUAAACUAUUAAGGAAUGAUAACAGAAUAUUUAUCUGUAUAAAAUUCUAUUAUGAGAUUCUUCUUUGUAAAUGCUUAGUGAAGUUACUUUCUUCGUUCAGCCAUUUGAUAAGUAAAGAAUAUACUGGAAGAUAACGUUUAAUUUAAAUAGGAAGAUACCAUGUCUGUACCAUAUAAAGAUUUCUUCGGCUUCCGAAUACCUGUUGGUGCUGAUUGGGAACGCUUCGAAAAAGCGUCUAAGCGCACCCUCAAGCAUGAAGAAAUAAUAAUUUCUUCCUACCCAAAAUGUGGCACUACGCUCAUGCAGCAUAUAGUCUUUCUGCUGCUACGUGGUGGAAAACCUGCGGAUAGUAUAGCCGAAGUCAUUGGAGCCAUACCUUUCCCAGAACAGGAUGGUUUACCAGAUGGAGUGCAAACUUUAGCCCUCAAGUAUCAUCUGCCUUUCAGGCUGACACCUUUCUCAAAAGAUGCCCGUUAUGUCUAUGUGGCUAGGAACCCUAAAGAUGCCUGCGUCUCCUAUUAUCAUUUUCUAAAGAAUCUUCCAGGAUAUUCCAUUGAAAGCUUCGAUGAAUUCUUUGAAGCGUUUUUCUCUGGUCAACUCCCGUACGGAGACUUAAUGGAUCAUGUUCUAGAAUGGCACGAGGCCUCUACCAAACAUUCGAAUAUUUUCUUCACAACUUACGAGUCAUUGGUCAAGAGAAAAGAGGAGACCGUGAAAAAUCUUGCGCAAUUUCUGGGCCUUGCAAAGUUGGACAGUAUUACGCUGAAAAAUGUGCUGCAAUACUCCAGCUUCGAGUACAUGCGCAGCUUAGCAUCUCGGGAUGAUUUCUAUAAGAAGUACCUACAGGCAUCUACAGGUACCCAAAAAGAAAAGGCGAAAGAGGAAACUCAUCCCCAGAUGAUGCGCAAGGGGCAGGUUGGCGAUUGGAAGAACCACUUCUCGGAGGAUCAGAGCCGGCGGAUGGAUGAAUACUUUGAAACCAAAACGAAGAACAUGAAAUGUACCUUUGGGUGGGAAGAAGAUAUGCUAUUUAAUAAAAGAAAAAAUUGAGCCAACUGAAUUGAAACUGGAAACUUUUGACUUCGCUAUGGAACAGGAAACUAGGAUAGCAUUUUAUCAUCAUUUACUUGCCAUUGUCUUGUGCAAUUCAUUCCCUCUUUAUUUUACCACAUUAAAGAUAUUUUUCAUACUG